UAAGUUUGUUAAGGGUGUAUAUGUAAAUAGGUUUUGAUACGUUUACACUAUUAUCUAUGUCUAGUCUUAAGUUCUUUUUUAAUUCCAUAUUUAAAUUCUAAUGUUAUUUUGACUGUUUAUAUUUUUGUACGUCAGUUCGCAAAAUAAAUCCAUCGAAACUAGUCGACUGCCUGGUUUAUUGAUUAUUUUCCACUUUAGCUAUCGAAAUUCCCUCUUCUUUAUUUGGUCCUUCUUCCUCACUCAUGAUCUUGCGAUCUAAAACCAAGCAGUCGGCUAAAAGCGCUAAAAUGACGCGCUCGGAAACGGGUACCCCUGCCACGGGUAGGCUCGGCCAGUCCAAAAAGUUGGACCACGGUGCGGCCGACGCCACCGUACCACCCGCGGCUUCCGACCCGCAAAUCCCCGGGACGUCUCGCGAGUGCCUCCCAACCGGCACCAGCGCCGAACAAGUUAAUGUUCCCCUCAGUUGCAGGUCUCGCGCUUCGAGCUCUACGCGAUCAUCGGCCACGAUUAGGGCACGACGAUUGACCGCGGAGGCCCACUUGGCCCGCAAAAGCAUAGAAAGGGAACAGGAGCUCUUUCAACGCGAGCUCGACAACCAACGGAAACUCCUUGAGCAGUUUAAACAGGUAGAACAGCUUGAACUUGAAGCGAAAAUAGCCGCCUUAGAAGCCGAGGAGCGAUCCAAUCACACGAAAAUACGGCGCGUCUAUAUAACGCACUCCGCGGGCCCGCCCGGGAGGCCGUCGCCUCUUUACUCAACACCGCGGCAGCUUCCGAAGAUAUCAUGGCAGCACUCGAACGUACAUUUGCUUGUCCCGAAAUGAUUGUCUUCGGCGAAGUACAGAUUUUAAAAACGCUGCCUCGGCUCGGGCCUGACCUAAAGGAGAUAGGUAUUUUCGCUAAUAAGGUACGCAAUUCUUUGUCUACUAUGAAAUUACUCGGCCUACGAGAAUAUUUACAAUCGCCAGAGCUGUUUCAUAAUAUUCUAGGAAAAUGUAACCCUUUAAUGAAAAUGAGAUGGUCUGAUUAUGCGUCAGAUUUGUCAGAAACGUCAAACCAUCUCAAGUCAAAGUUAGAACUUUUAUCUGACUUUCUAACACGCGAACACGAACGCUAUAUUAAAUUCGCUUUAUCGCCAGAAGUAGGACUUUCUAUGUCUAUACCGCAACAAUCACGAGUACAUUUUCCAAUGAAUAAACCAUUUAAACGUGAAAAUAUACAUGCCGUCACUCAUGACAAAAAUAAAACAACUGGUAACAUAGAGUGUGUUUAUUGUAAAAAAUCCCACAAUAUUAAAAACUGUACUCAAUUUACGUCGUUAUCUGUUGACGAUAGGUGGCGUUGGUUGCGUGAACACAAAGUUUGUUAUAAAUGUCUAAAAGACAACUCACACCUAUGGAAAUUAUGCAAAAGCAACCCUUGCGGGGUCGAUGGUUGUACUUUUCGACACAACCCUCUUUUGCACGGCAGGCAGGAUACGUUUAGAUCACCGCCUACACCCGAUACACGGAUUAAUAACGUCAUUUGCGUUCCUGCGGCUGAAAGUGAUAUCCAGGUGUCGGACAAUAAUGUGACUGUGUCAAAUAUAGGUAUAUCGUGUAAUCAACAUAAAACAUCUAAUGAAAUAUGUUCAAAUAUUACAAUGUUGAAAGUUUUACCAGUGACACUGUCAGGGCCAAAUGGCAGCUAUGAAACCUUCGCGUUUCUCGAUGAUGGCAGCACUGCGACUAUGAUCGAUUGUAAAGUGGCUGCUCGCUUAGGUUUAAUAGGACCUGAAGAGUUCAUAACUGUCAAUGGUAUCAUGGGUUUACAAAAAACUACAAAAGUAAGAUACGUUGACUUUUACAUAAGAGGUAAAUAUGAAUCUGAUAUCCAUUUGGUAAAUCAUGCUAAGGCUGUACAAUCGUUAGGCUUGAACGAACAAACUCUAUCUAGAGAGACUAUUGAAUCUUAUGCUCACUUAAAAGACCUAGCCGAAUACUUGACAUAUGCUGACGCUACACCAACCGUACUUAUUGGUGCUGAGCAUUGGCAUCUGUCAAUAUGUCGCGAGGUUUGUGAAGGCAGACGUAACGAGCCCGCCGCUUGUCGCACUUUGCUUGGGUGGACUUUGUAUGGACCAACGAGUAGCAAAACCAAGCCAGUCGAGUUCGUCAACCAUUGUCAGUUAGGCCGCACUGAACCUUCUGAAAAUGAACGCCUGGAGUCACUGAUAAAGGAGCAAUACAAACUCGACUCGCUCGGUAUCUCUAAGCGCGAGACUCUAUUUAGCAAGCUAGACUCCCGUGCCGUCGAGAUUCUUGAUGCUACCACCACACGCUUACCGACCGGUAGAUAUGAAGUAGGUCUUCCGUGGCGUGACAACAUACAGUGUGUUCCCGAUAGCUGCCCGCAAGCUUUAUCAAGAUUUCUAAGCCUCGAAAGGAGAAUGAUUCGUGAGCCCGCCUUCGCUGACGCGUAUAAAAAGUUUAUUGAUAACAUGAUUGCUAAAAAUUAUGCUGAGGAGUGCGAUUCCGGCACUUAUUAUAAUCAUCUUAUCACUAAAAGCGUCAACACCAGCAUUGAUCUCAAACACGAUACCAAUUUAGGCGAUUAUUCAAAUAAAAUUCACACCUUAUCUGAUAACUUACAACCUAGUACAGUCAGUCCGAAUAAAACAGAAACAAAUUUUGACAUUGAGCUGUCAAGUGUGAAUAACAAUAAAAAUAAAUUAAAAACCGAAUCUGAACCUAAUAAAAGUGACAUUAACGCAAGAAUAAGGUGGUAUUUGCCUCAUUUUGGCGUGUACCAUCCACAAAAACGUAAACUUCGUGUUGUCCACGACGCAGCCGCGACUAAUCAGGGUGUUUCAUUAAACUCGUUGCUGCUUCAAGGACCUGAUCUUUUAGAAAAUUUAUUAGGUAUUUUAUUUCGGUUCAGAGAGGGCGCUGUUGCUAUAACAGCUGAUAUUAAGGAAAUGUUUCCUCAAAUAAAAAUCCGUGAACAAGAUCGUGACGCACUACGUUUUUUAUGGCGCGACGUUCAGUCAAGGGAAACAAUGCCUCUAAAAGAAUAUCGGAUGACAGCUGUCAUUUUUGGAGCAUCGUCCAGCCCUUUCACUGCGUUGUACAUUAAACAUAAAAACGCUAUGUCACACCAAGAUUCGUAUCCAGCGGCAGCCAACGCAAGUAUCCAUAGUUCCUAUAUGGACGAUUUCUUGGAUAGUCUGGACGAUGUUGACGAAGCUGCACAGAUGGCAUCCGAUGUUGUGACUAUUCAUCGUAACGCAUGUUUCGAAAUGUGUGGCUGGAAUUCUAACGAUCAGGGAGCAUUGCGUCUUGU